CUUCCUCCCAUGGGACCAUCAGGUCUCUCGCUCAUUUACCAAAGUAAAACAUGAUCGCUGGAUGAAUAACAGCCAAGACGGGGGCUUGAUGUUUAUUUUAAUGAUCAAGAUUAAGGCACUGGUGUUUCCACGAGAGAGCCGCUGCGGUAAAUCUCUGUCACGAUGAAUAUCAGAAGACUUCUGAUUGGCUGAUGUCUCAUACAAAGCAUCGUCCCAUCGUGGCAAUUAUUUGCGGCUCUGGACUGGGCAUGCUUGCUGAUACCCUUAAAUGUCAAGACUCCUUUGAUUACUCUGACAUACCAGGGUUUCCUCAGAGCACAGUACAAGGUCACGCAGGUCGGCUGGUUUUUGGGGAAUUGAAGGGGAAGUCAUGUGUUUGCAUGCAGGGCCGCUUCCACAUGUACGAGGGACAUUCACUCCUUAAGACGACCUUUCCCAUUCGAGUCUUCAAGCUGAUGGGAGUGGAGACACUUAUAGUGACAAAUGCUGCAGGCUCGUUGGCUGAUGGCCUACGUCCUGGUGACAUCAUGAUAAUCAAGGACCACAUCAACUUCCCUGGGCUGGUCGGUCUGAACCCACUGUGUGGGCCCAACGAUGAAAAGUUUGGGCCACGCUUUCCAGCUAUGUCAGGUUGCUAUGACAAAGGGCUGCGUAGCCUCGUGAUGGAGCUUGCCAAGCAGAUGGGUGUCUCUAGCCUUGUGCAGGAAGGUGUAUAUGCCAUGGUGGGUGGACCCAACUUUGAAACCAUCGCUGAGGCCAAACUGCUGCAUCGACUGGGAGUGGACGCAGUCGGUAUGAGUACAGCACCUGAGGUCGUCGUGGCAACUCACUGUGGUCUAAGAGUCUUUGGACUUUCUCUGAUCACAAAUAAGGUGGUAAAGAGCUAUGAGGACUCUGAAAGCGUGAACCACGAGGGCGUCCUGGAAGUCGGCCGGUUGCGCUCUCAAACCGUGCAGCAGCUGGUGACUGAACUGAUCAGCAGGAUGGAGAUCAAUAACAACGAAAACACAAAUAAUGUUUCCUGAACUAACACAGAUGCAUCUGGUUAUUGCACUGAUUUAAUUUUUUUUACUACUUUUUAUUUUAUUACCUCUAUGUGUGCAGUUUUUAAAAAAGUAUUUGCUAAAUUGAAAAUCUUAUUUAUAUGACUAUGGUGCCAACCUGUUGUUCAUACAUUUAAAUUAGGAUAUAUGGAUUCAUCUCUGAUAUUUUAUGUAAACUACACAACUUUUACAACAGUAAUUGUUUAAUGGUGCUUUAUUGGAAGAACACUGAUGAAUGUUUUUGUAUACUGGCCUUGAAUUAUUAAUGUUUAUGUUGUAAAGUAUUUCUGUCUUGUCUUGACAUGGUUGAAAUAUUCUACCAAUCCUA